AGCUUUCAGUUACCUCUCUGCCACCUUCUGUUUCUCUUUCUUUCUCUCGCACACACAUAAACAGGACUGACCUCUCUUCUCUCUCUCUCUCUCUCUCUCUCUCUCACACACACACACACACAAACUAGUUGAGUCUAAACAGACUUGCAAAAACACCAGAUAAACCAUUCCCAUUUCUGCAAGAUGGCUUAACCCUGUGAAAAUCGUAAGCCUUGGACUCCAUUCAACUUUCUGAACCCCACUAUUUUCAUUAUUUUCUACGCUUAUUUUUCUCCUCUGUAGCAGCUGGUAAGAACUAGAAGAAAAACAGAGCAUUUCGUGGAGGUGUACGUCUUCGUUUUCUUUUAAAAUAUUAAUCUCAUACAGUUCGGGUUGAUUUUUGUUUAUGUUUUAAUCUGUUAUUGAUCGCACAAAACCUCUAUUGUACGUAGGGUUAGGAGCGCACUGUUGCUGAUACUAGAAUUGCGUUUCAGAGAAUGAUUAAUCGGGGCUCUCCAAUUCCAGAACUGAUCAACCUCAUUAAGCACUCGUUUCGCGAGUGCGAGUUUGAUGAGGUCCAGAACACAUUGAUGGAGCGAGAGAAGAUUAUGAAAGUAGAAAUGGAAAAUGUUGUGAGGGAUCGUGAUUCAUUGAAGAAACAGGUCGAUAUUCUCGAGAACACUCAUGGUUAUAUGGAGCUGGAGAAAAUUGAUCUGGAGGAGAAGCUCCGAAUGAGUCAGAGGAGAGGUAAAGAGAUGGAUGAAAUGAUUGUCCAAAUGAAGCAGAAGUUUGAGAAAUUGUGGGAGGAGAUGGAUGAAAGGUUCAUCAAAAUGAGGAAUGAGUUUGAGGAAUUGAGGCAAGAGAGUAUUUAUGCAAACAAAACUAUGGAGGAGAUGAAGGCAAAAGAGAUUGAGGCUGAUUGCGUUGUGCAGGAAAUGAAGCGCAAAAAUGUUGAGGCUGUUCAGAUCGUUGAUGAGUUGAGAGCGAAAAAGAUGAAGUCUAAGAAGGCCAAUGUUGAAGAUAGGGCUAUAAGGCUGACUUCUGAUGCAGAUGCAGGUGUUACAAACUUACCUGCACCUGGCUCUGCUGUUGCUGAGAUUGUCCAGGAUAAGGAAGGCAAAGAGCCUAAGGUUCAAGUAGUUGGUGCUGACGGGAAGAGGCCAUCCUCUGCAGGUUUUCCCUCCAAACCUUCUCCUAAAAAUUCCAAGUCCUCGAUGGGAGGAUUGUCAGAGAGUGGCUCUGACAAAGAGAAUGAGGAAGGGUCAUCCGUUGCUGAGAAGCUCCGCCUUGAACUGGAGGAGAAAGAUGAGGAGCUGCUAAAGGUUGCUUCGGAGCUCAGUGUGGCUACCUGUCGUGUCAAAGAACUGGAGCAUCAGGUGGCGAGCUUGGAGGAUUUCCAGUAUGAGAGGGAGGCAAAUGCGCGAGCUGAAGGGGGGAGGAUGUGCCGUCAGAAAUUACUUGUGACUUCAGCGGGGCAGGCCUUCCUGAAAGAGAUGCACGAGGGGAUAGUGGGGGCUUACCGGCAGAGCUCCCAAUACCUGGGACAUAUGGCCCCUCACAUCGCUUAUUUCUUGAAGGUCAAGGAAGCUUCGACCAGUGCUGCCGCUCAGGGCUUCCGUCGAGAGCUGAAUGUGAAAGAGAUUAUGCGUGAGAUUUUUAAAGUCAUAGCUGCUUCGCCUGAGUUCAAGGGAGAUGACAGUCUUCCCCAGAACCACCCUUGGUGGCUGCCUGUGAUACAGAAAGCUGCUCAGAAGCUGGCCUUUGAGGGUGAGUUCCCUCCUGAUAUGCCACCAGCAGAGGAGCUUCUCUACGACAUCAGGCAGGCCUGAUUCCUUAAUACCUACAAUAACCAUCUCAACCUAGCUUUUCCCAAGUUGCACAAGAUCUUCACUUCUUCAAUUACUUGUCAUUAGUAGUGCUUCACACCCGUAUCACUCUCCAUUAUACUUGAGUAUGAAUUAUACUCUUAGGAUGAUUGUUAUAAUGUAGACAACUGUAUUAGUUGUUCGAUCUUGAUACUCUUCAGUUACUAGUAUCACCAGAUGUACCAGUGUGAUGUAAGACGACAAAUUCCUUAUCUAUAUGCGAGUUUUUAGG